AUGCUAAAGAAUUCUCGGAUAUGGAAAACUCCCCGGGUGGCGAUACCACUGCUCGCAUUGCUGGCGGCCGCGCUGCUGGUGACCGGCGUCGCCUGCGGCGGAGACGAACCGGCCGCGACCGCCACGCCUGAGUUCUCGCUUCCCACGGCGCUCCCCAGCCCUGAGGCGGCCCCCGCGCCCGGCGCCGGUAGCGAAGCCACGGCCGCUACGGUCCCAUCCGCCUGGCAAGAGCCCAGGACCUGGGAACCGGAAGACGUCAGCACCCUGGAACGGGUAACCCAAGAAUUGGUGGCUCCGCCCUUCUUCCCGGAGCACGAGCAGGUGUACGACGGCGAUCCGCGGGUGGUUGAGAUCCGGAUGGAAGUUGACGAGCAAGAGAUCGAGGUCGCACCGGGCGUGUUCAUGUGGGCCUUUACCUUCAACGGCUCCGUGCCUGGCCCCAUGGUCGUGGUGCACGAGGGCGACUACGUAGAACUGACGCUGGUCAACCCGGACGGCAACGAACUCCUGCACAACAUUGACUUCCACGCCUCCAUCGGCGCGCUGGGCGGCGGCAGUCUGACCCAGGUGGGUCCGGGUCAGGAGGUUGUGCUGCGUUUCCGCGCCACCAAGCCGGGGGUGUUCAUCUACCACUGCGCGCCGGGCGGGACCAUGGUUCCGUGGCACGUCACCCACGGCAUGAACGGGGCCAUCAUGGUGCUGCCUCGCGGCGGCCUGAAGGACCCCGCUGGCAAUUCCAUCUCCUAUGACCGGGCCUACUACGUCGGCGAACAGGACUACUACCUGCCGCAGGACGAGAACGGGGAAUUCAAGCGCUACGACAGCCCUUCCGCGUCCAUGGUGGACGACCUGGAAGUGAUGAAGACCCUGAUCCCGACCCACAUCGUGUUCAACGGCGUCACGGGAGCCCUGCAGGGCGACGGCCAAUUGACCGCCAAUGUGGGCGAGAACGUCCUCAUAGUCCACUCGCAGUCCAACCGCCAUUCCUAUCCCCACCUGAUCGGAGGCCACGGUGACUACGUGUGGGAGCGCGGCAGCUUCGCGGAUGCGCCGGAGACCGGUCUUGAAACGUGGGUCAUCGCCGCCGGCUCCGCCGGUGCGUCCAUUCACACCAUUCGCCAGUCGGGAACCUACGUGUACCUGUCGCACAACCUGAUCGAGGCGUUUGCCUUUGACGCGAAGGCCAUCCUGGUUGCUGAAGGCGAAUGGGACAACGACCUGAUGGAGCAGGUGAAACCGCCCAGUCCCAUCCAGUAA